UCAUAAUGGACUCUUUGAGCUGUGAUGUCUACGAUCUUGAACUUAUCAGACUCUGUGAAGAAAUAGAAGAAAAUGAAGAUUUAUGCGAGGCUGCCCGUCUUGUGAGCCAACUUCAUCGAGAGGCAUCUUCUCAAAUAGGACGGGGAGUAAAAAGGACAGCUGAAUUUUUGGAGACUGAAGAAUUCUUGUUGAAGAAAAACCGUCCAGCAGCUGCUGAACCUGUCGCAUCAACAUCAUCCGAACCAGUUCCCGAUGUCAUUGUGAGUACAAAUAAUAAUCAUGAAAUUGAAUGUUCUGUGUGUAAUAAGUUUGUCUCUAAAAGAUAUUUUAAAAAUCAUUUAAAUAGUAAUCUUCACAAAAAUAAUGUUUUAAGGGCUGACAUUGAAUGGGUUAAUGUUCAGUUAAUUGAAAAUGCUUUUAAGAAUAGGGUGGCCACUUACAGAAUACUAUUAAAUGAAAAUGUUCACCAACCAUUUACUCCCGAAUCUAUUUUACUAGGAAAUAAAGAUAAAAUCUUUGCAUUAUUGGAUCGUUCCCUCACUGAUCACCAUGCUUUAAAAGUAAACUUUAUUUUAAAUGCGGAUUUUACUCAAGAGACCAAACAAGUAAAUAAUACAUUUGAUUUCCAAUUAUGUAACAAUGUAGUUGAUAUUAGUAGCAACAAAGAUGAGAUUUUCGAGUCAGUUGUUAAAGAUAUAUUAACAAAAUUAUUUAACUUUGAGAGAAAAGAUAGUGGAUGGAGUUUAGUAAAAUUUAACUAUCUAGAUGUCAAUGUAAACAAAUUUAAUCCAUUGCGUGGUUCUUCCUUUAUCGAAUUACCACGUGAUAUUCAGAACAGAAAGGCAGUUAUUAAUGUAAAAAAUAGUGAUCAUGAAUGUUUUAAAUGGGCUGUAUUGUCAGGCUUGUAUCCACCUACAAGUCAUCGUUCAAACACAACGAAAUCGUAUAUAGCGCAUAAAAAUAAAUUAAAUUUUGGAAAUUUAACUUUCCCACUUAAAGUUGGAGAUAUUCAGAAAUUUGAAAAAAUGAAUGAUAUAAGUAUAAACGUUUUUGGUCUUGAAUACAAUUCGAAAAGUAAAAUACAUGACGUAGUAGGCCCAUUACACUUAACAAAGUGCAAAAAAGCUACCCACUUGAACUUAUUGUACAUAUCCAAAGACAGUAAGGGGCAUUAUUGCUAUAUCAAAAAUUUAUCUAGGUUAGUAUCUAAACAAUUAUCAAAUACACAGCAUGCCGCACAUAUUUGUGAUGGUUGUUUGUCGAAAUUUACAACUCGCGACAAUUUAAUGAAUCAUCAAAGAAACGAUUGUUUCCAUGUUUGUACACAUUUACCUUCAGAACAGGAUAAAAAGAAAAACUGGUUCAAUGAAAACGUUUCCUCCAAUAUACUUACUUUCGAUAAUUAUGAACGUAAAUUAAGGGUACCUUUUGUUAUUUAUGCUGAUUUCGAGGCCUUUCUAAACCCGAUUCAAACAGGUAAAAUUAAUCCUACUACAUCCUCAACAACAAAUGUACAAAAACAUGAGGUAUAUAGUUUUGGAUACUACAUUAAAUGUUCUUAUAAUGAUAAAUUAUCAGUGUACAGAACAUAUAAAGGCAAAAAUUGCACCCAGGAAUUUAUGAAGUAUAUGGAACAAGACUUAAAGGCCAUUUGUAGGAGAAAUACUUUUGUAAAAACUCCAUUGCCUUUAUCUAACGCAAAUAAUGUGCAUAUUUCUCAGAGUAGUACAUGUUAUAUUUGUGAUAAAAAUUUAAACGAGGAUUCAGUCAUUUCCUAUAAUUACCAUACCGGUCUUUAUGAAGGAGUGGCACAUAAAUUUUGUUCUGAAAAAUAUAGGGCACCUAAUUUUGUACCUGUAUUUUUCCAUAAUUUGUGUAACUAUGAUAGUCAUUUUAUAGUGCAUGGGCUUGGUUUGGUGGAAGGCGACAUUGAACUGAUUCCAGAGAACAAAGAGAAAUACAUUUCAUUUUCUAAGAGCUUGCAAAUAAAUAAUCGCACAGUUAAAUUGAGAUUUGUUGAUUCACUUAAAUUUAUGUCCAGUAGUCUUGACAAAUUGGCAAAAAACUUGUUGCCUGAACAAUUUCAUGAAUUAAAAUUGAAUUUUUCAUGCGAGGAGGAUUUUAAACGCUUAUUACGAAAGGGUGUAUAUCCCUAUGAACACAUGUCAUCAUACGAUUCUUUAAACUUAACAGCUCUUCCCUCUAAAGAUGAUUUCUUUAGUUCCUUGUCUGAUAGUCACAUCUCAGAGGAGGAUUAUGAUCACGCAAAAGAUGUUUGGUCUCAUUUUCAAUGCAAAAAUAUGGGUGAUUAUUCUGAUUUAUAUUUAAAAACUGAUGUUUUAUUACUAACUGAUAUAUUUGAAAAUUUUAGAAACCUUUGUCUUAAGACGUAUGGAUUAGACCCCGCUCAUUAUUAUACUGCUCCGGGAUUAAGUUGGGAUGCAAUGUUAAGAACUACAAAAAUAAAACUAGAACUCCUAACUGAUAUCGAUAAAAUAGCUUUUAUAGCGAAAAAUAUUCGAGGUGGCAUAUCACAAUGUAGUAAUAGAUAUGCGAAGGCUAAUAAUAUUUUUUUGUCAGAUUAUAAUCAAAAUAUCCCAUCGUCAUUUCUUAUGUACUUUGAUGCAAAUAACCUUUACGGGUGGGCUAUGUCUCAAUGUCUUCCUACCGGUAAAUUUGAAUGGGUAAAUACAGAUACUGACUUUAAUAUAUCUGAUGACGCUGAACAUGGUUUAAUUUUAGAAGUUGAUCUCGAAUACCCUAACGAGUUGCAUGACUCUCAUUCAGAUUUACCAUUCUGUCCUGAAAACGUUUGUUUGGGUAAUUCCAAAGAAAAAAAAUUAAUUACUAAUUUAAAUAAAAAAACGAAUUAUGUCAUUCACUAUAGAAAUCUAAAACAGUGUUUAAAAAAUGGUUUGAAAUUGAGUAAAAUCCAUCGCAUUCUUAAAUUUCAGCAGUCUAUGUGGUUAAAAAGUUACAUAGAUUUGAACACCCACAUGCGAUCACAGGCAUCAUCUGAUUUUGAAAAAGAUUUCUUUAAACUAAUGAAUAAUUCAGUGUUCGGUAAGACCAUGGAAAAUGUUGCAAAACGUGUAAAUGUCAAAUUAUUAAAUAACUGGGAAAAUCGAGGAAAAACGCAGGGGGUUCAAUCUUUGAUAGCGAAACCUGAGUUCCAUAGUUUAUCCAUAUUCUCUGAGAAUUUAGUAGCCGUUCAGUUGAAUAAAACUAGAAUAUUUUAUAAUAAACCGAUUUAUUUGGGAUUUUGCGUAUUAGAUAUAUCAAAAACUUUGAUGUAUGACUUUCACUACAGCUACAUGAAAACCAAAUAUCCAGACAAUCUUAAGCUUCUUUAUACAGAUACUGAUAGCUUAGUAUAUCAAAUUUUCACGGAAAAUUAUUACGCAGAUAUAAAAUCAGACCUUAAUUUAUAUUUUGAUACAUCUGACUAUCCUCCUAACAAUAAAUAUGAUUUGCCGUUAAUAAAUAAAAAGCGAUUAGGGUUUUUCAAAGAUGAAAAUAAUGGUAGAAUUUUAAAAGAAUUCGUAGGUCUGAGGUCUAAAAUGUAUACCUUAGAUGUUGGAAAAUAUGACGAGAAUGAUGAGAAAAGUGAAAAAUACGGUGUUUUAUCAAAAGCCAAAGGAGUCAAUAAAUGUGUUACAAAAAAAUUUACUCUUGACAAUUACAAAACGUGUUUAUUUAAUAAAAAUUUGCAACGCGCUCAAAUGCUAAGAUUUAAGUCUAUAAAACAUAUAAUAUUCACUCAAAAAAUAAAUAAAAUAUCAUUAUCGCAUGAAGAUACAAAACGAUACUUAUUAGAAAACUCUUCUGACACUCUUGCGUGGGGUCAUUAUAAAAUACCGCAAUAAUUAAAAAGUUUCAAAGUUGAAAUUUAAUCACACAGA